UGGAAGCGAAAGCGCGAGGCUUCACGUCGCUCGUUCUGCUCCUCAUUCGCUCCUCGAUUCGGCGGCGCGUGCGGCUCGCGUGCGGCACCCGAGCAUCGGAGGGAGGUCAUCGGUCAUCGGCUUUGACACGGAGGCGGGGGGGGAGGGGGACCAAGGGACACUAAGGGACACUUUGAGGAGUUGUCUGUCCGGGCGCGCGCGCGCCUUCCCAUGGAGCGCUCUCCUUCAUGCGCGCGCCCUCGCGGCUGCGCCGGGCGCUGAGGAGAGGGGGGGGCGGGGGGUCCGUGCCUGGAUGAUGGCGGAGACCCGGCCGACGGACUCUCGGACGGCUCCCGCGUCGGACCCGUGCCAAACGGCGGACAGAUCGGGGUGCCUGAGCGGCGGUGGCGAGGGCGCGCUCCCGCGUUCGAGCGCCCGCGCGUUCCUGGAAGUGGCGGCGGCGGCGGCCGCCACAGCGCACCCUCUGCUCGGGGCCGAGGUGGCGUGCACGAACGGGCGCUUUAAAGAGCCCCCCAGCAGGGACAGCAGCGCGGAGAGGAGCCCGAGCGGCGUGUGCGCGCCGUGCGGCAUCAUGAAGGAUGGCUCCAAGCAAAAGCAGGUACGCAAGAAGACCGUGUCCUUCAGCACCAUGCCCAAUGACCGGAAGAUGAACAGCACAGCCGCCUGCAUCGCCUUCAUGAUGGAGGGCUGCGAGAUGAAGAAAGUCCGCUCCAAUUCACGCAUGUACAACCGGUACUUCCUGCUGGACCAGGACAUGCACUGGCUUCGAUGGGAGCCUUCUAAGAAGGACUCAGAGAAGGCCAAGCUGGAGAUCAAGAGCAUCAAGGAGGUACGAUUAGGCAAGAAGACCCCAGUGCUUCGCAGCAAUGGCCUCUCUGACCAGUUCCCAGAGGAGUGCGCUUUCUCCAUCAUCUACGGGGAAAACUAUGAAUCGUUGGACCUGGUGGCUGCAACAGCUGAUGUGGUUAGCACAUGGGUUAUGGGUCUUCGAUACCUUGUUUCCUACGGGAGGCAUGCGGUGGGGGUCAUUGAGCCUAGCCAGCCCAGCCUGAGGACCUCCUGGAUUGGGUCGGUGUUUGAGCUAGCCGACAUAGAAAAGGAGGGCCAAAUCGAUGUCUUCAGAGCAACUCAGAUCAUCAAGGGGUUGAAUCCUGGCAUGAAGGCAUCGCGAAUAGAGCUGAAGUUCAAGGAGCUGCAGAAGGCAAAAGAUCAAUACGGGGAAAAAAUAAACGUUGAUAUAUUCACAGAGGCCUACUGUGAACUCUGCACACGCCCAGAAAUUUUCUUUCUUCUCGUGCAGUUUUCCAGCAACAAAGAGUACUUGGACUGCAAAGACCUGAUGCUAUUUGUGGAAGUCGAACAAGGGGUAGAAGGCGUGGCAGAAGAGAUGUGUAAGAAUAUAAUCCAAAAAUACGAACCAUCCACAGAGGGCAGGGAGCGGGGUUAUCUGUCCAUCGAUGGGUUCACGCAUUACCUCCUUUCAUCCGAGUGCCACAUCUUUGACCCCCAGCACAAAGAAGUCUGCCAGGAUAUGACACAGCCCUUGUCUCACUAUUACAUCAACUCGUCCCAUAAUGCCUUUCUCCUGGAGGAUCACUUCUGGGGAUCCUCGGACAUCGGUAGUUACAUCAGGGCCCUUAGAAUGGGCUGUCGAAGUUUGGAGGUUGUUGUUUGGGAUGGUCCGGAGAGCGAACCGCUCGUCUAUAUGGGGAGUUCUGUCGCUUCUCAGUUACCGUUCUCCAAAGUCCUGGAUGUCAUCAACCAGUAUGCCUUUGAAAGCUCCGAGUACCCCUUGAUCCUCGGCCUGGUGACUCACUGCACUGUGUAUCAGCAGAAGGUCAUGGCACAGCACAUAAAAAAGAUCUUGGGGGAUAAGCUGUACACAGAAGGGCCAAAAGCCGAUGAACAUUACUUGCCCUCUCCAGAGCAACUUAAAGGAAGAAUCCUUCUCAAGGGGAAGAAAUUGCCUCCUGACCACCCAGAUUCAGAUGGAGAAGUCACAGAUGAGGAAGAGGGGUUGGAGAUGUCCAGGAGGGUUGGAGCAGAGGAGAAUGAUCAGGUCAAUGGGAUAAAUAUUAAAAGGCCUAGGCUUUGCAAAGAUCUAUCUGAUCUGGUGUCUUUGUGCAAGUCUGUGCAGUUCAGAGACUUUGAGACAUCAAAGAGGGAGCAGAAGUACUGGGAAAUGUGUUCUUUCAAUGAAGUUCUUGCAAACAGGUUUGCCAAUGAAUAUCCAGAAGACUUUGUGCGCUACAACAAAAGGUUCCUCUCUAGGGUGUAUCCCACCCCCAUGCGAAUUGACGCCAGCAACAUGAACCCUCAGGACUUCUGGAAGUGUGGGUGUCAGAUUGUAGCCAUGAACUUCCAGACGCCGGGUCUGAUGAUGGACCUCAACCUGGGCUGGUUCAGACAAAACGGGAAUUGCGGGUACGUGUUGCGUCCUGCUAUCAUGAGGGAAGAGGUGUCUUAUUUCAGCGCCAAUGCGAGGGACUCUCUGCCAGGUGUGUCUGCUCAGCUUCUGCACAUCAAGGUCAUCAGUGGGCAGAAUCUACCCAAGCCCCGGGGGUCUGCGGCCAAGGGUGAUGUGGUAGAGCCGUACGUCUAUGUUGAGAUCCACGGUAUCCCUGCCGACUGCGCUGAGCAGAGGACCAAGACCGUCUCUCAGAACGGGGACAACCCCAUCUUCGAUGAGAGUUUUGAGUUCCAGAUCAACCUUCCCGAGCUUGCGGCACUUCGCUUUGUGGUGCUGGAUGACGACUACAUCGGGGACGAGUUCAUCGGCCAGUACACCAUCCCGUUUGAGUGCUUGCAGGCAGGCUACCGGCAUGUCCCCUUGCAGUCGUUGACUGGCGAGUUCCUCCCCAACACCAUGCUCUUUGUGCACAUCGCCAUCACGAACCGCAGGGGCGGCGGCAAAGCCCACAAGAGAGGCUUGUCCGUGCGAAAGUACAAGAAGGCCAGGGAGUACACCUCCACCAAAUCCACGGGCAUCAAGGUGGUGGAUGAGCUCUUCAGGGCUUCCACGCAACCUCUGAGGGAAGCUACCGACCUCAGAGAGAACGUACAGAAUGCCUUGGUGUCCUUCAAGGAGCUCUGCGGGCUCACGCCGGCCGCCAACAUGAAGCAGUGCAUCCUGACCGUGUCCAGCUGGCUGCUGAACAGCGAGCGCUCCCCGGGGGUCUCGGUGGACCUCAGCCGGCCCUACCCCACCAUGGAGGCCUGCGGACCGGUGCCGGAGCUCCUCAGGAAGGUUCUCAACGCCUACGACACGAUGAUCCAGACGAGUCGCACGCUGAUCGAGUCGGCCGACGCCGUCUACGCCAAGCUCGUGCAGGCGCAGCGAACGGGGCUGGACUUCCACGAAGACCUCCACAGGAUUGGAGCCAAGGAGGGUCUGAAGGGCAGAAAGCUGCAGAAAGCCAUGGAGAGCUUUGCCUGGAACAUCACCGUGCUGAAGGGCCAGGCAGACCUCCUGAAGCACGCCAAGGGCGAGGCGCUGGACACCCUGCGGCAGAUCCAUUACGCCGCCCAGUCCUGCGGCCUCAGCAAGAACGGCACCGUGUCCCCCGAGGUGGGCGGAGCCAGCGGCACCCAUUCCCUACCUGACUCCACCCCCAUCCCGGAGGCGGACGCGGUCAGCGACACCGGCUCCAGCUGACCUUCUGUCCGCACGCGCAGGACGUCAGGUGGAGAAAUGAGAGAAGGACGUGCAGAGGAAACGAAAGGGAGGAAGCCAUCGGCUCCGGCAGAGGGCUGGAGGAGGAGCCAUAAGUUGGUGGGCGCAUCCCGGAUGAGUUACCGCGGUGCUCCGCUCUGCUGCUCACCUGCGCCGAUCUGCUGAUCCGCUGUGCUCUGCAAACGCUGCGCAAGCCUCCCAGGAGCGCGUGGCUUUGGCCCUCGAGCUUUUCUCCGGGUUCACGAGAGUUCACACCCUCCUGGUGUUGGGAGAGACCAGCAGGGGGCGCUGGCCGGUCUCAGACUUCGUUGGAGUUGCGGGUCUAAGCGGAGGGUGCCGCUCUGUGCCAGCUGGGGGCACUGCAGAUGCGGGCACAUCCUCGCACGCAACCCUCCGGCUCUGGCGCCCCCUGCUGGACAAGACUGCGGAGUGCCUCAAACCCGCUCUCAAUUUUUCUUUAUCAAUUUUUAACGCUUUGCUCCCAUCUCCCGGCCCAUCGCGGUGGGCCGCAUCUCUGAUGAGCAGCGACUCCCUCGUUCGCAGGGCUGCCGGAAACACCGGUGAGCUGGAAAGCGCUGCUGGUUCGAGGAACUGCUCCGUCGCAUCAAAUGGGAAUCCCUCGAACCCUUGAACAGGAGCCACUGGGACCAUGCGAACACGUACAAGCAGGACUUUGAGCGAAGUCCACCGUAAUAUAGGAAAAUUAGUCUUGGAGUUAAAAAUGAUUCUGACUGCAGAGACUCGGCAGGGCAGCAUCACGACUAACUGUCAUAAAUACUUAAAUAUUGGCAUUAUUAUACAAAUUUGUUCACGUCGUUAUUUUAUAGACGUAAUACCCCGUGUUACGUUGGUCAGGGGGGACACGGAUUGGUGUGCGAUAACAGGGGGCAGCGAAACUGUGUUCUAGUUAAUAUUCAUCAUAACAAAUAAAUUAAUAUU